UUCUUACUUGCUACAUGGAUGGAAAGGACAUUUGCAAUGUAGAUAAUUGUAUUGGUCGUCUGAAGUUGAUGAAUGCACAAGGCCAGGUGUGGGGACAAGACAUGUUUCUUCAGGUGAAGGAUCAGAAGUUGCUGUUGACUGACAUUGAAGCAGAGGUAGAGCUGGAGUCUUACCCUCUGGAAUGCAUCCAGGAAUGUAUCUGUGUUCUUGAUAGCUGCAUCUACAACUCCAUUUUGGCUAUCACCAUGAAAGAAAUGAAAUUACAUAGGACCAGUAUCAUGCUGUUUCAGUGUGAGGAAAUUGAGGCACAGCUGAUGAAAACCAAAUUGGAGAAGGCAAUUGAAGAAUGGAAAGGUGAACGACAAAGUCAGGACUUGCUCAGAAACAGUCUGGAGAACAUGCUACAUCAGCGCAGCCAGGCACGUCUUAAUGACAACCCCCAGAACAAACGGGCAGCACUGCUGAUGGAAUCAGACCAUGCUUCUGUAUCCAUAACACCAGGGCAGAGGCGGCAGCAGCAUCCUUGGGAAGUCAGCUCAGUCCCUCCAGGCUAUAAGAGAGAAGUUGAACCGGCACAGCAACAGGAUGAGUUUGCAUGGGAGGAUUCUGGGUUUCAGACAACACAGGACACAGACAGAGUUACUGAGAUCCUGAACCAUAUCCUGAGUGACAUUGAAAUCUUUGUAGAGAAGCUACAGGAUGCCAAUAAACCACUCAAUGACAAAAAGAAAAAAAAGAAGUCAAAGAAAAAUCAGGAGACACUGCCCCCAGAGCCUGAGUUCAAGGACUGUUUCCAGAAGAUUAAAUACAGCUUCAAUUUGCUGGCAAUGGUUGAACAUAAACUGCAACAACCAAGUGCUCAGGAUCUGGUUCAUCUCAUCUUUUCUGCUUUGUCCACUAUUUUGUCCAAUUGUCCAUGGCCUGAACUGGCCCCUAUGGUAGACUCACCAUUGCUGAUUCCAGCAGCUAUUAAUCUGCUGAAGCAUUCCUUGAAUUCAGAUGAACAGGCUACAUGGAAGAGCUUGGGACAUGCUUGGGGUCUCAGUAGGUCAGAAUACCUCAAUGGAGAAUCUAUCCCUCCAUACAACCCUGUAUUCUCUGAUGGAUGGGUACCUCCCUCAUCCACCCAAAGGCAGGAGUCUCUUGAUCUCAGUAAGGCCCACAGUAGAAGACAAACUACUUUCUCAGACAGGGCACCUUAUUCUCCCCAGCUCAUGAAAGCCAUAAUUGAGUUUCAUGCAAGGAACCCCCGAGAGCUCACUGUCAUGAAGGGAGAUCUGCUAGAGGUUUUGGACCAACAAAAAAAAUGGUGGCUUGCUAGAAAUACUGCAGGAGAGACUGGCUACAUCCCUAACAACAUCCUGGAGCCCAUGGAUCAGAAGGCACUCAAAGGGAACAGCAUGGAGCAAGCCCCAAAGAGUAUUCCUGAUCUCCAGCCAACUUCCACACCAGCAGAGGUUACAGCUUGGCUCAAAUUAAAAGGUUUCUCCAAUAUGACAGUGAAAUCACUUGGUGUCUUGAAUGGAAAACAGCUUCUAUCAAUGAGCCAAAAAGAUUUAAGCACAGUCUGCCCAGAAGAAGGAAAGAGAGUUUUUUUCAUGCUUUCAGCAGUUAAAUUAACACUGGAGGUAAAGCUAAAAAAAUCUGUACCUUAAACCCAAUUCCUUUUCUCUCUCCAGUUACUAAGAUAUUUGCACGGACUAUUUAAAGGUCCUGUACCACCUGUGUAAUCUCCCAUAAGCCACCCACUCACUCUGAUUCCAGUUCUCAGUUGUAUGAAGGAAUGCAGGAAGCAGCAAAUAAUCAAAUAUGCAUGAGAAUUAUGCUGGUCUAAGUCUGUGGAGACUGCGGGCAAGAUUUACCACCUUAACUGUAACUUGGGCAGUUUUAAUACAGGCAUUAAAGGCCCAUUCCCAGAGAAA